CUAGCUCGCAUUUGUGUGCUGAGCGAAAAUACUAUUGGGGAAGUAAACACGACAAAAAAUGGCCUUCCAAAGGAGUGGGACCUAAUCUAUACAUUCAAACGAGAUAUGGAGACUUAAUGUAAACCAUUAGUGCUACAUUUUCUUGAUUACUUACAUUGUAGAUGGUAUCCAGUGAGCUGUAUCUGGCAGUGGAAGACGACUACUUGGCGAAUAAUAUGAAGGAGAUGAUUGGAGGCUGCUGCGUUUGCUCAGAUGAGAGAGGCUGGGCCGAAAAUCCUCUGGUUUACUGUGACGGUCAUGGUUGUAAUGUCGCUGUGCAUCAAGCAUGCUAUGGAAUUGUGCAAGUCCCUACGGGUCCUUGGUUUUGCCGGAAGUGUGAAUCCCAGGAGAGAGCUGCCAGGGUGCGGUGUGAGCUGUGUCCACACAAAGACGGAGCCCUGAAACGCACGGACAAUGGAGGCUGGGCGCAUGUGGUGUGUGCGCUCUACAUCCCGGAGGUGGAGUUCGCCAGCGUAUCCACCAUGGAACCCAUCGUGCUGGCCUCCGUCCCCCACGAGCGCUACAACAAGACGUGCUACAUCUGUGAGGAGCAGGGUAGAGAGAGCAAGGCUGCCACAGGGGCCUGCAUGACCUGCAACAAACAUGGCUGCCGACAGGCCUUCCACGUCACAUGUGCCCAGUUCGCUGGACUGCUGUGUGAGGAGCAGGGCUCUGACGCUGAUAACGUCAAGUACUGCGGCUACUGCAAGUACCACUACAGCAAGCUGAGAAGGAGCAGAGGCCGCUGUAGUAGGGCUCAAAGCUUAAGCGAAUCCUCCUCUCACUCUUUGGAUAAGCACCAUGACCAGGACAAGAAGAAGCACAAAGAGCGCGACCGCCACAAGCCGAAGCACAAGAGGACGCUGGAGCUGCAGCCCUCGCUGGUGCAGGGCCACCUCAUGUCCGCCGCUGAGAAGAGCUACAACAGCGGCGGCAGCGCAGCUCCGAUGGCGUCCAUGUCGGGGCCCGUGCAGAAGCGCAUGGAGGACGGCGCCGCCCGCUUCACCACCGCCAACUUCCAGGAGGUGCCCACCCACACGGGGGCCGCGGGCAAGGAGGGCGCGGGCGCAGGAGCGGGGACGGGGGCGGGAGCGGGGGCAGGGGCGGGCGCGGACGUGAAGGCGGCGGAAGGGAAGAGCAAGAAGGCCAACAGCCACUGCCCGGCGCAGAGGGGGCGCAAGUCGGCGGCGGGGAAACCUCUCGGCGCCGUGGUGACCACCGCCACGUCCUCCACGACCUCUUGCAGCCCGUUCCAGCAGAGUCUCCUGCUGGGCGGCGGCGGCAUCAAGACCUCCAGCGGUUCCGUGGUGCAGCCGGCGGCGGACUUCCAGAGCUUCUCGGAGGCGGGCCUGAGGGGCGGAGACUCGUACGGCUCCACGCCGUUCGGCCGCUUCCUGGCCAAGCCCCUGGGCGAGAGCGGCCCGUCCUCCUCCUCCUCGGAAGCCGCCGUGUUCGGCUCCAUGACGACGCUCCCGGCGUCCUCGUCCUCGUCCUCGUCGCUAGGCGGCGUUGCUAAGCACUACGAGAGCCCUCACGCCGCGUCGGGGGAGCUGGGGGCCCUGGCGGCGGCGGCGGCGGCUGCCGCGGCAACAGCGGUCGGCUACAAGCGCGCCCAGCCGUCCUCCUCCUCCUCCUCCUCGUCCGCCUCGUCGUCGUCGGCGACCGCUGCCGCCUCGGCCGAAGACGGCGUGAAGGGCAAGAAGAAGCGCGGGAACUGGCGCAACCGCUACGGGCCCUGCUUCACCACCACCACCACCACCGCCGCGCCCAGCGAGCCCAAGCUGCCCGACGCCCCCGAGCACGCCACGCACGCAGCGCUGACCUCCACCGCCACCGCCAACCCCACCCUCGCCAGCGCCAUCAUGGCCUCCAGGGUCAGCAGCAACGGGAGCGCAGGAGGAGCAGGAGGAGGAGGAGGUGCAGGAGGAGCAGGAGGAGGAGGAGGAGGAGGAGGAGGAGGAGGAGCAGGAGGAGGUGCAGGAGCAGGCAUGGGCGUAGGGGAGAGUCUGGGUAUCCAGAAGUCCCCAUCUCUUCUCAGGAACGGCAGUUUACAGGGCCUAGGGGUCAACACUGCGCCCGGUGGACCAGGUGCCUUCCCCAGCGGUGAUGUAACAGGUUCGGAGCUACCACCUCAGCAGCAGCAGCAGCAGCAGCAGGUCAACGCCUCUCUAGCGCCACCUGCCCCCUUCAGCUCCACGCCUGCUACUGCACCCAGCACGGCCAACACACACCCCAAUCCGUUAGCUGGCCCCUCCUUCAGCCUGGCCCCACCUCACAUGUUCGGGAACCGCCUGAACCCCAACUCCACCAUGGCAGCCCUCAUCGCGCAGUCUGAGAGCACAGAGCCGGAGCUGGGAGAUGGCACUCACGGCUUCCCCAGAAGAGGAGCGUCACCCAAAGCAACCCUCUCCCCACGGUCUCCUCCGGUAAGCGGGCUGCAUAUCCGCUAUGACCCGUCGUCAGGCUCGUUGGGUGCAGGGCCGGCUGACUCAGUGCUGCCCCCAGUGGCUACCAGUCUGCAGCAGCUGCUGGAGCGGCAGUGGAGCGAUGGACAGCAGUUCCUACUACAGCACGGGGCUCAGGGAGAUGUGGUGGGGAUGCUGAAGUCGCUGCACCAGUUGCAGCAGGAGAACCGGCGUCUGGAGGAGCAGAUCAAGAGCUUGACGAUGAGGAAGGAGCGUCUGCAGCUGCUCAGCGCCCAGCUGGCCGUGCCCUUCACCUCCAGCAGCACCGGCGCCUCGCCACACACACACACACACACGCACACACACACACACACACACCCCAACCACGCACACGCAGAUCUGCUGAGCGGCAGCAGGAGCAUUCAGCUGGGAGGAGGUGUUCUUACAGAUCCCACCCACACUUCUCAGGACAUUGGUGGCCAUGGUAACAGCAGCAGUGGGGGCAGCACGUCGUCGCUCUCCACGCCCCCGUCUGUGUCCCACAGCCCCCCCCAGCCGCAGGUCAACGGCGCCAUGGUGCCCCCCUCGGCGGGCAUGCUGGGGGUUGGCAUGGGGACGGGCGCGGGGGUGCCGGUGGGUCUGAUGGGCGCGCUGCAGGGCGGAGGGGGCGGCGGCAUCAUGAGCGGCAUCGUGGGCGCCCUCAACGGCGUCAUCCACGCCUCGCCCGCCCUCGGCCAGACCGCCAGCCCCCUCCAGCAGCACGCCAACGCCAACGCCGCCUCCGUCGUCACCAGCGGAGCCGUGCCCAUCAGCAGCAGUGUCGCACGUCAGGGCCAGAUCACUGAGCAGCAGAGGCAGUUCCUUCUACAGCAGCAGCAGCAGAUCCAACAUCUCCUCACCUCACCACAGACCACUCAGCAGCAGCAGCAAGCCCUGCUCUAUCAGAUCAUGCAGCAGCAGCAUCAGCACCAGCAGCAUCAACAGCAUCAACAACACCAACAACAUCAACAACACCAACAACAUCAACAGCAUCAACAGCAUCAACAGCAUCAACAUCAGCACCAGCAUCAGCAUCACCAGCAGCAUCAGCAUCAUCAGGACCUCCAGCAGAUGCAGCAGCAGCAGCAGCUCUCCUCUUCCUCCUCUUCUUCCUCCUCCUCCUCCAUUCAGCUGCACCCCCUCGGAGGCCUGCUGCCCUCCGCCGCCUCCGCCCAGGGGUCCCCCCUCUCCUCCAACCCCUUCCUGGCCAUGCACUCCGACCCUGCUGCAGCGGCCACCUCCGCGCAGAAGAACGCCAGGUUAUCAGAGAAGGCGGUGGCGGUGUCGGGGCAGGAGAAGACUUGACGUGCAUGGGCUGUGUUCUGCCUGUAGGACAGCACUUCACCACACCAACCUCUCUCUCUCUCAGGGGCCUCGCCGGAUCCGCACAGAACCAAGACGGACUAUAUCCUCAUCAAACCCCACACCACCCUCACCGCACCCCACACCACCCCACCGCACCCCACACCCCACACCACCCUCACCAAACCCCACACCACCCUCACUGUACACCACACCACCCUUACCCCACACCACACCACCCUCACUGCACAGACUUCAGCUGCACAAAAACACACCACCCCACCCCACCCUCUCCCACACCACCCUCUCCCACAACACACCACCCCACCACCAGGCGUUCCAUGCGACGCCAACACGCUCAUGGCACACGCUGGAGAUAACAGCACUGGACUGGGCGUUGGAGAUAACAGCACUGGACUGGGCGUUGGAGUCGCUCGCUUCGGGGGAAAAAAACUGGGUCUGGAUGCCGGAGAGAAGCAGACUGGCUGAACGCUCGCGCUGCGCUGCGGACACAGGAAGUGACACGGGUCCAGGGAGGGUGGUGCUAGGGCUGCUAUUGGCUGGAGACGGUGCUGGUGGGGAGGGGCCAUCAGGUCACACUUCUGGUCGUGGGAUCAAUCGUACUGUUCUCUCGUUUCUUCUCUCUUCUUUCCUCUCCUUUUUCCCGUUUUAAUUGUGUUCUUUUUUUUUAAUUAUUUCGAAAAGAACCUCUGACCACUGUUACCUCUCAGAGCCUGUCCUUUAACGCAGAGUUUUAACGAGCAUAGAGAAGCUGUAAUGUAAUACUAAUAUAUGCGGACGACACUUGGACUCCCGGUGAUGGUGAUGGUGAUGAUGGGGAAGCGCUGUUGUUGUUGAUGAUGUUGUUGUUGUUGUUGUUGUUGUUGUUGUUGUUUUGUGGACGUGGGAAUCCUGAAGUGACCUUUCACACGACUGCCUUCUGCCCGACCCCCGCUCGUCUCCAGCCACUCGAGGCAUUCCAAAGCUCCCUGACCUCUGACCUGCUGUGCCGCGCCGCAACGCAACUCUCCCUCUCGGAGCACCUACCUCUCUCUCUUUAUCUCUCUCUCGCGCGCUCCCACACACACACACACACACGCAUACCUGGACCAGCAGCUACGAACCCAAACCCAAGUGCCUGGCGACCUCCACCUACACACCCCUACCCCCCCCAGCGUGACCAGUAGGCAGCAUAAACUAGGAACUUUUUGUCUGCUACCGUACUGAUUCACUCACUCACUCACUCACUCGUUCACUCUCUCACUCUCUCUCAGACUCCUCGUGUUUGAUUAUUAAUGAGUUGCUUAAAGAACUGUCCACUCUGACUACUUUGCAAAGCUAUUGUUUUGAUGUUUUGAGAUGCUACCCAGAAUAUCUGUGCUGCGAUUGAAAUAACAACUUUAUAUUGUCCUCCUUAUUUAUUUGCAAUUUGUUUUGCAUACAUCAGGCACAAGAAUACUAUAUUUUAGGAGGUAUCAGUUUGUUCUUCAAGCUUUUUCAUAGUAUUGUACAAAAUACUUUUGACACUCAAGAACCUUUGGGAUCCUCUUGUAAAAGUUUUGAUUUAAAUAAAUUGUCCUGUAUUAGAAAUAUUGAAAUACUUGACAAUUAAAAAUGGAGGUUCUUAGUCUUGU